UUCCUUUUCAAGUAAAGCAAAGUGAGUGUGAAAAAAUGGUUCAUAAGAGUGUAGUUUUCGGGGUGAUUCUUCUCUUCAUCUUCUCUGCAAUAGCCAAAGCUGAUUCAAACCCUCUUAAAGAGGAGGAUAAGAAGAAACCAGACCAUGUGGUAGCUGGCGGUGAACCUCAAUACUCGGAGGAUCAGUAUGGUCGCCGGUGUUGCGGUUGGGGACCUGGAAAGCGAUAUUGUGUUCGGUGGUGUCGUAACGCAGAAGAGGUGGCAGCUUUCGAGGCAUAUGAACUACAAGCUGGAGUAGUGGGAGGAACGCAGUAUUCGGAGGAUCAGUUUCGUCGUAAGUGUUGCGGUUGGGGACCUGGAAAGCGAUAUUGUGUGCGGUGGUGUCGUAACGCUGAAGAGGUGGCAGCUCUCAAGGCAUACGAAGAAGAAGCCAAAAGAGAAGAAAUGCAGUACUCGUUUGAUCAGUAUGGCCGUCGGUGCUGUGGUUGGGGACCUGGUGGGCGAUAUUGCGUGCGUUGGUGCUAAGUGACGCCAACUAUAUAUCCAGACACAUGAGAAAGUUCUCAUGUUCCUUAUGAAAUAAAACUUGGCCGGGAAAAGAGUUAUGUAUAAAUAUAAUAAGAACUUAAUCUCUUAGGAGACAAGUGAAGAAGUGUAACAUAUCUCUAUGAAGCUCUAGCGAGAAGUAUGAAUAA